UCCCCGACUCUCUCCCUCCCGUUAUAAAACAUCCGUCCACGCUGACAAACAGAUGUGCGAACGUCUCCGCCGGUCCUACCUUCAGACACCUGACCCUUCCUGGAUGAGCCUGAGGAGAACCAUCUCCCGUCCGGACCGCCGCCCUCACUCAGUGUUUCCCCUCAAGUUGGGCAGCUGAUAACGGCUCAGUUAGUGAGGAGAAGACCCUUACGUUUGUUUUGUUUUUGGCUGAAGCGAGAAGCUCGGGGACAGCUGACAUGAGGGGAGACGCUCCACAACGAGGCGUGAAGACCACAUGUCUGUGGGCCGCCGCUGCGCUGCUGUCACUCAUCUCUCUAGCUACCAGUGCUGACUCAGUUCAUUCAGGAGGUUCAGACUUCAGACAAAGCUCAAAAUCCAAAACAAAGACCUACUGGACUGAAAGCAGCAAAGCCGUCUCCAUCAGCCGUCUGCUGUCCCAAAGCCUCUACCCCAAGGAGAACUUCACCUCUGUGGAUCUGGGCUAUGAUGAGAUGGACUCGUACUCAAAACAGGAACAGUGGAACUGGCUGUACAACACCUCAKCCCACCACGAUCCCCGAACCAGGACAAAAAGGAGGCCCAUCGUCAAGACCGGGAAGUUUAAGAAGAUGUUUGGCUGGGGCGAUUUCCAUUCCAACAUCAAAACGGUGAAGCUCAACCUCCUCAUCACCGGUAAGAUCGUGGAUCAYGGCAACGGCACCUUCAGCGUCUACUUCCGGCACAACUCAACUGGCCAGGGCAACGUUUCMGUGGGGCUUGUGCCCCCGACAAAGGCCGUGGAGUUCCAAGUCCACCAGCAGCACCAGCACUUCCACCACCAUCACCAGCAGCAGCAGACGGCUCUGGAGACCAAGGAAACCAAGCUGUUCAACUGCAGGGUGGAGUACGAGAAGGUGGAGAAGGGCACCAGGAACUCGCUGUGCGCACACGACCCCUCGCAGAGCUGCCCCCAGGAGCAGACGCAGAGCCACGUGUCCUGGCUGUGCUCCAAGCCCUUCAAGGUCAUCUGCAUCUUCAUCACCUUCUACAGCACCGACUACAAGCUGGUGCAGAAGGUCUGUCCCGACUACAACUACCACAGCGACACCCCCUACCUUCCCACUGGGUGAUCACGUGAGCCUACAGGAAGCAGGACAAAGGCACAGGCUGCUGAGCCCUGAGCAGUGUGAGAAUAUUCAAAAGAAAAUGGAGUCCAACUUGACAUGUUGACAGGCAUUAUUACAACUAACAUAUCCUCGUCAYAAGACCAACACUGCUCUGAUGAGCCGACCCAACCGGAGGUCAUUAUGAGAGCGUUUUGGGAAGCAUUUAUAGGCUUAAUUAUAUGCAUAGCUGCUUACAUCGAAAGGAAACUCUCAAGCCAACUGUGAAAAUAUGCUGAUUGUAUUUAUGUAAAUAUUGUGGACUUCACACAAAGAAUCGAAAACAGUUUUAUUAAUGUUUUCUCCAGCUAAUUUACUUGUUUACGUUGAUGGUGUGUUUCCGUCUCAAUCAUGCUUUGUGUCCUCUUCAUUCAGUCUCUGGUAAUCUUUGCAAACAAGUAAAUGUCAAUGCAAAUAAGAAGAAUCUGUCAGUAUGCAUUAGAGGGCGUAAUGGAAAACGCAAACAUAUUUUGAGUGGAUUUGUUUUCCGCAGUGUGGUUUGUUAGAGUGAAUAUACAUCUCUGAUAUUGUAUUUGGACUCUCAUCCAUGGUCAUGCAUGAACCCAACGUGGCAAACAGCUAAAUAACGCCCGUUUAUAUUGUCAUGUUAUCACAGCUGUCAAAAGUAAUCUUCAUCAAAUCGCAACUUUGACAGCAAAGAGAAGAAGAAGAAAAAAGUGUUUCUAUUUUAAUUCUGUGUUGUGUGUUGGAAGUUUUAAAAGCCACACUGGGUGACACCACUGGAGAGCUCCCAACAGAUCAAACACGGGCAAGUAAAUGUUGUAAUAAAUAAAUAAAUAAAUAAAUAAAUAAAUAAAAGUCGCACAAGACAUGUGAGAUGAAGGAGAUACAGAAGAUCAUUUUCUGUGCAGCGCUUUAAAAAUAAUCAAACAUAUCUGUGCUCUAAAUCUGCUCCUUUCUCAGUGAUGCAUUUCAUUUUCAGAUAUUUAAAUGUUGCUUUUAUUCCUGUGACUUGUAGCAAGCUCCGUGUAAUAAAAUUCAGCUGCUGCUACGUGA